AUGAGGAAUGGCGACAAUGGGGUGACAUUUGAGUGUCAGGAUCCGAUAUUGUUUCGCACUCAGCAUGUGGAGACGUUGUCGGAUUUGAAGAGUUUGAUAUUGAGCAAGUUCGGUGGGACACAAGGGAGGAAAAUCGGAAGGGUGGCGUAUAGGUUGCUAGCACCCAUGGGAAAUGGAGUUUUCCGGUUUCGACUAUUCCGACUUCACGAAGACGAGCAUAUGCGACUGAUGUUCGAUAUUCAUGGGAGGAUCAUGUGUGAACAGGUAAUGGAGCUGGCUGCCGAGGACGACCGACCUCUUGUGCCACCUCCCAUUCAUGUCGCGAUUCCGGAGCAUGAGGCAGAGGAGGGUGAGAAGGAGUCGGACGAGGAUUACGUGGUGGACAGUGCGGACAGUGAGUCUUUCGAUGGUGGCAAUGAGGAUGAGUUUGUGCCGGAGACACCCGUGGGGGAUGUGCCGCGCCAUGUGCUGCCUCCACCUCAUCCAAUUCCGGCACUAUUGGCUGUGCCAAGUCACUAUCACAGUCUACAUAUGGACGCCAUGCAUGAGAGGAACCUGGUGGAGGACAGCUGUGGUGUGGAUUACAACCUGGACGGCGGCGUGGAGUUUCGAGUCGGACACAUGUUCAGAAGCCGAGAGGCGGUGCUUCAAGGUGUGAAGAACUACAAUAUUUGUAGGAGUGUUGAGUACCGGGUGAUCGAGUCCGACCGCUUAAAGUACCAUGUGCAGUGCCGUCAAGCCGACAGUGGGUGUCAAUGGAGCCUCCGUGUCGCUCUUCGUUAG